GAAGAAAAGCAUUUGUGUAAAAGUCUUUUCGAGUGAAGAAAAGCAGUUUGUAUUGAUCCAGUUGUGAUCAAGUUUUUGAUGCGAAGCAGAAGGUUCUGAUCUGAGCAUUUAUAGUGGACAAUCUCACAAGGACUGUGAGGACUGGACUAGCCCAAGUUGGGUGAACCAGGAUAACUUUUGUGUGUUUUUCUCUUGGACUCUAAAAUCCUUAAAACAUACUAAACUAACUAACUGAGUAAUACCAGAGUGCUCUGGGCCUUAAACAUUUACUUAUUCAGCAACUAACUCAGUAUUUAUUUUGUUCAUUUAUAUAUUGUUUAGUUUAUUGUUGCUAACUAUAUUUCUUUGUUCAUUGUUAUCUAACCAAUUAAAAGAAAUAUUGUCUUGAGUUAUUUUAAACUCACAUAAAAGAUUUUUAAAAAGGGUCACAAUUCAAACCCCCCCUUUCUUGUGACAUUUAUUGCUACUUCAAUUGGCAUCAGAGCCUGUCUCUACAGGUUUAUACACUUAACAAGUGUUAGAGGAAAAAGAUUCAGGAAGAAAAAAUGUCAAAAGAAAGAUACAUUCCAGAAGGAGGAUCUGCUUCAAGACCACCUUUGUUCACUGGAAAGAAUUACUAUUUUUGGAAAAACAAAAUGCAAUUGUUUUUAAAAUCUCAAGAAGUAGGAAUGUGGCGCAUAGUCACAGAAGGAGAUUAUGUUCCUACUGUAACUUCUGCUGAGGGAGUCAUUUCAGACAAACCUGAAGAUGCAUGGACAACUGCAGAACAACAAAAGGUACUCCUAAACUCUAAAGCUCAUUUAUUUCUAUCUUGUGCUCUAAGCAUGGAAGAAAGUGAAAGAGUAGAUGAAUGUGAUACUGCUAAAAAGGUUUGGGACACUUUACAAGUUCACCAUGAAGGAACUAGUCAUGUAAAAGAAACAAGAAUAGACAUAGGAACUAAUAAAUUUGAAACUUUUGAAAUGAUUGAAAACGAAACUAUUGAUGAAAUGUUUUCAAGAUUUACUACUAUUAUAAAUGAAUUAAGAUCUCUUGGAAAAACUUUUUCAACUAAUGAUAGAAUUAGAAAACUUUUGAGAUGUCUUCCAGUCACUUGGAGACCAAUGGUUACUGCCAUUACUCAAACUAAAGAUUUGAAAACACUUCCCAUAGAAGAUCUUAUUGGUACUUUAAAAGCUCAUGAAGUUAUUCUUCAAGGAGAUAAACCUCUAAAAAAGGAAAAAACCAUUGCUUUAAAAGCCUCUCAAAAAGAUAUAAGUUUUUUAGAAGAUAACUCUAAGGAAUUAGAACCUACCCAAGAAGAGGCAGAAGGAGAAUUAGCUCUCAUUUCUGGCAAAAUCCAACGUAUGUUAAGAAGAAUAGAUCAAAUUAGAAGAAACUUUUCUUCAGGAAAAGACAUGCAGAAAAAUGACUUUGACAAAAGUCAAGUAACCUGCUUUGGUUGCAACAAACUUGGACAUUACAAAUCAGAAUGUCCCUUAAACAAAUCACCCAGAAAUUUUCCCUUCAAGAAAAAAUCUAUGUUAGCUACCUGGGAUGAUGAUGAUGAAUUUGAAACAAAUAAAGAAGAAGAAGAAGCCAACAUCUGUCUAAUGGCAGAUUCAGAAAAUGAUGAGGUAUUUCUCUUUGAUAAAACUCAUCCUUAUGAAGAAUUAGAAACUAAUUUUGAUAGUUUAUUACAUGAUUCUGAAUUCUUAUCCAAACAAUGUUUUUUGUUACAAAAAGAAGUUUCUGAACUAAAAGAAGAAAAGAAAAAACUUCAAAUUGACAUUCUUAAUUUUGAGAAAAUUAACAAAGACUUAAUUGAGUCAAAAGAAAAACAUGUUUGCUCUAGUGUUUUAUCUAAGAAAAUAGAUGAAAAUGUUGUGUUGAAAAAUGAAAUAAAAGAACUAAGAAAUGAUCUCACUGGGUUUAUAAAAUCAACUGAAACUUUUCAAAACAUUAUGGGAUCACAAUCUCAAGCUCUUAACAAAAAUGGCUUAGGUUUUAAUGAAGUUAAAAACAAAAUUUUUGAAAAUGUUCUUUUACCAGCAAAUAAAGAGUUUAAGUUGAGAUGUUCAUUUUGUAACAAAAAUGGUCAUCAUGAAUCAAUUUGCUAUCAAAAAGAAAGUUAUGAAAGUUUUUACUAUGAACCAAAACGUUAUCGUCACUUGGAAAGAAAAAAUAAACAUUGUUCAUUUUGCAAAAACCUUGGGCAUCUUGAAAAAGAAUGCUAUUUUAAAAAUAAACAAAUUGUGAAAACUAACCCUCAAGGACCCAAGUCAUUAUGGGCACCUAAACGAAAAUUUCAAAAUGCAGGGAUACUAUCAAAGUGCAAAGAAAAAGCCAUGGUUUUUGGACAGUGGCUGUUCAAAACACAUGACAGGAGAUAAAAGGUGUUUUCUCUCCUUCAUCAAAAAAGAAGGAGGGUCAGUUACGUUUGGUAAUAAUAAUACUGCACAAAUAAAAGGAAAAGGUAUUAUAGGUAAUAAUGAUUCUGCAAAAAUUGAAGAUGUUCAAUAUGUAGAAGGUCUAAAACAUAAUUUACUUAGUAUCAGUCAAUUAUGUGAUAGUGGUUUUGAAGUUAUUUUUAAACCAAAUAUUUGUGAAGUCAAACAAACUUCAU